AUGCCCCGCCCGCUGUGGCUCCUCCUCUCGCUGACCACGAGCUUGCUCGCCGUCACUCUGCUCCUCUAUGUCACUCUGGGUGGGCAGCAAGACCAAAAGCUCGAGGGAGUGUCGCAUGCGCCGAAGCAGUCCAGCGUCAGCGCCCUCUUCUCCUUUACAUCUCCCGGCUCGCUCUUCCCUCCGUCCGCCAUCAUCAGCCUCACCGACGAUAAUUCGACCUUCUUCCUCGCCCGACCUGCCGACUUUGGGUCAGCGCUGCCUAGUGAUGGAUUGAGCGGCCCUCUGUGGAUUGGCAGUGGCUUUGGCGACGAUGCGCUGAGCCGAGGCGGCGAGCUUGGCUGCAGUGACAUCCCUGGUUGGGAUGGCGGCAGUGACGUGUUUCCGCGCGUGCUGAAGACAGCCCCCACUGUCAAGAGCAGAACGACUGGGCCUUUAGCUGAGAAGAAGGACAAGCCAAGGAGAGCUGCGUCCACGGCAGAAGACGAAGCGCUGCCCUCAGACGAUGGCACCGACGACCACCUACAUCCAGCUCUUGAGCAGGGCACGCGCCACUCCUCAGAUCACGCCGAUAUCCAGUCACUUCAAGAAAGCGCCGAGAUUGCAGGAAAGGUUGUUUUGCUCCAGCGAGGAGGUUGUGGCUUCCUGGCCAAGGUGGAAUGGGCACAAAGGCGUGGAGCUGUUGCUGUCGUUGUGGGCGACAAUGUGCGCGGUGGAGCUCUGAUUAGGAUGUACGCUAGGGGCGACACAUCCAACGUCACCAUCCCAUCAGUCUUCACCUCGCACACUACUGCGCACUUGCUGUCAUCUCUCCUGCCGUCCGGCAAGACCUUGGCCGGCACCGUCCCUUCACAGGAGAAGAACAGGCCCACGCCGUCUGGAGUUACACCACAGGCUAUCUCUACGCCCUCGAUUGAGACUCGUGAUAGACCUCUUGCAUUCAUGGAGGACAAGCCUACGGAGCAUGAUUGGCUACAACCGCUGCUGGCCACGCUUGGUCUCGUCAGUGCAAAAAAACAGCCAACGGACAAUUUUAGGAUCGGCGAGGACGACUGGCGAGAUCCCAAGUUCCGUCUCUGGGUGACACUCACAUCCACGAAUGUGUCAUCAAGUCCCUUCUUCGACACCCUACUGGUCCUUGUUGUUAGUCCACUUGUCACACUCUCUGUUGUCUAUGCCCUACUGCUCCUUCGAUCUCGCAUAAGACGCCGACGCUGGAGAGCACCCAAGUCUGUUGUUGAGCGCCUUCCGGUUCGAACCUACCACACGAUCAGCGACUCGUCCUCGUCACCAUCUGCUACAUCAGAGGCAGCGACCCCCACUACACCUUUGCUCCAAAGGACUCCGUCACAACCGACGAUACCAACAUCGCCCUCGGCUUCACAAGACGAGCUUGAAGCACCGGCGACAUCUUCCUCUGUUCAACGCACAGCCCGUGACCGAGAAGAAGAGAAGCGCGAGUCUGGCCUAGCUGAAUGGAGGCGUCGUUAUGGUGGGCGACAAAGAGAAUGCGUAGUCUGCCUUGAAGAAUACGUGGACGGUCUGAGCCAAGUCAUGAGCCUUCCGUGUGGCCACGAAUUUCAUGUGGACUGCAUCACACCUUGGCUCGUCACUCGCAGACGCACAUGCCCGAUUUGCAAGGGCGAUGUUGUAAGGUCACUCUCACAAGCGUACUUGGACCGUCCUAGCGCCUCACCCCCAGCACCUUGGCCUGCUGAUGAUGAACACGUCGUGGACGCCUUGCAGAUCCAGGCUGCUGAGACUCGCAACGACUCCCCUUCAGCCUCACGACCUUUGCCCAUAUCGGCGUCUGUGCCCAGCAGUCACCGUACUGAGUCUGACGGUGAUGUCGAAGCGAACUGGUCCGGUGAAGAACGUCAGUCAAAUGCACGAGACAUCCCCGGAAGUAGAGUUUCUGAUCUGAGCACCUCGGUACGCGACUUAAGCUCCACCGUCUCUACGGUUAUUUGGCGGGGUUUCGACGCGGUCAGGAGUACCGCUGGUCUUCAACGACGGCCUCCACCGGAAGAUGUGGACCGAGAUCGAUGA